AUGGCGGAAUCCUCCAGCAGCGGGCUGACGUUCAAGCUCCAUCCACUGGUGAUCGUCAACAUCUCCGAUCACUACUCUAGGGUUAAGUCCCAGAUGCACCCGCCGAUCACCAACACUCCAACACCACCGCCCAACAACGGCUCCGAAGGAGCAGUAGAAGCAGCAGCAGCAGCCUCCUCUUCUUCCUCCUCCUCCACCGCCUCCGCCUCGUCUCCGCGCGUCUUCGGCUGCGUUAUCGGGGUUCAGAGAGGCCGCACGGUCGAGAUCUUCAACAGCUUCGAGCUCCUCUAUGAUCCCGAGACUCACUCCCUCGACCGUGCCUUCCUCGAGAAGAAGCAAGAGCUCUAUAAGAAGGUGUUUCCAAACUUUUACAUACUGGGGUGGUACUCCACUGGAACAGAUGCUCAGGAAUCUGACAUGAACAUCCACAAAGCUUUGAUGGAUAUCAAUGAAAGCCCUGUUUAUGUUCUUCUCAACCCCUUGAUCAAUGCUGCUCAAAAGGAUCUCCCAAUCACUAUUUAUGAAAGCGAGAUGCAUGUCAUUGACGGGAUUCCACAGCUAAUCUUCGUCAGUUCAAGCUAUACUAUUGAGACUGUGGAAGCUGAGCGCAUUUCAGUUGACCAUGUUGCCCAUCUUAAACCAUCUGAUGGAGGUUCAGCAGCAACUCAAUUGGCUGCUCAUCUUACCGGAAUUCACAGUGCCAUCAAGAUGCUAAAUAGCAGAAUUAGAGUGCUUCAUCACUAUCUUCUUGCUAUGCAGAAAGGUGAUAUACCUUGUGAAAAUUCACUUUUAAGACAAGUAUCAAGUCUUCUGAGAAGGUUGCCUGCCAUAGAAUCGGGGAAAUUUCAAGAUGAUUUUUUGAUGGAAUACAAUGACACUUUGUUGAUUACAUAUUUGGCUGUGCUGACCAACUGCUCAAGUACAACGAAUGAGCUAGUCGACAAGUUCAACACUGCAUAUGAUAGGCACAGUCGAAGAGGUGGACGGACUGCAUAUUUCUGAAAGCUGCUUUGCCAUAAUAUACAGCAGUCUUUAGUUUCUUUGAGAGCUUUUUGGGUGCUGCUGGAUUUGUUUGACUGCAUAAUGCAUAGCACAUGGAAGUGUAGAAAUUGAAAUAUUACUCGGACCUUGAUAAUUCGGAAAGAAAAUAAAUUUCAGUCUCUCUA